UCAUAUUGCAGCAAUUAAUAAUCACCUUGAGAUAGCUAAGAUCCUUUUACAAAAGCCGGAGUGUAAGGUCGAUUCUCCAACCGCUGGAAAUCAAACAGCACUUCAUUUAGCUGCCGAAGAAGGAUACUCAGUCAUGGUAGGGAUGUUGUUGGACCAUGGAGCAGAUGUUAAUGCGGUGGAUAAUGACGGAGAUACGGCGCUUCACAUCACUUUAAUGAAGGAACACGUGCUACAGAGAAAUAUGGGAUUAAUGCCUGGUCUGGACUCACUAUUUGGUGCACGAAAGAGCAAUGCGUCCUUUGUCGCUGUCUCACGCUGCUUGUUAAGCUAUGGAGCUGACGUGUUGAAAGCCAAUGACUCAGGGAAAACACCACUGGACAAAUGUCGAGGAUCGGAAGUUGAGCCACUCGUUCGGAAGAUUGCAGCCUGCGGAGGAUAG